AGAUGCCCAACGGUGGUGGUGGCCGUGGAGGAGGAGGAGUGAAGAGAGAUGGGCCGAAGAAAGGGCUCAUUAUUAAUGAGGGUGGAGGAGAGCAAGGGAAUGGGCUGAAGAAGGGUCCGUGGACGGAGUCGGAGGAUGCGAUCUUGAGAGAGUACGUGAUGAGGAAUGGAGAAGGGAACUGGAAUGGUGUACGGAGGAAGACAGGGCUGAUGAGGUGUGGUAAGAGCUGUAGGCUUCGAUGGGCUAACCAUUUAAAGCCUGAUCUCAAGAAGGUUCCUUUUUCUCCUGAAGAAGAAUACAUCAUUAUGGAUCUUCACUCCAAACUUGGCAACAAAUGGGCUCGCAUGGCUAGCGAGUUACCUGGAAGAACUGAUAAUGAAAUCAAGAACUUUUGGAACACAAGAAUGAAGAGACGUAACAGAGCUGGUUUUCCUAAAAACAAUAAUGAUGGAACAAGCCAAGAUGGAUUUGCAUUAGCACCGAGACAAAUUAAACCUCUGAAAAUUUCAUCUUUUGGGUCACUCGUCCUUUCAUCGUCAGACCCUCGCACACAGAAUUUCAAUCCAAUUCCAGUCAAUCUCUCAACGCCAACAAACUCAGUGUUCCAAAUUCAACAAAUAAAUCCUCCUCACUUUUAUACCAAUCAGAUUCAGAAUCAGAGUCACCAACUCAAGUUUUUACACCCGGUUUCUUUCUUCGGAGCUACAAAUCCAACUUGGUUUGAUCCGAACCUUUCAUUCGAAGCAGCACCGUCAUUGAUUCAAUAUGGACAGAAUGAUAUGAGUUACACUUCAAUGAUGAUGGGAGCUAUUGCUGAGCCUGAAGGGCUCCCUUCAAUCCAAAUAGCUUCUGAUCACCCUACAAAUACUCUUCCUUCUCCUCCUAUGUCAUCUAAGGCCAACGGUGUGGAUUGCGGCUCAGACAGUUUUAGCUACAACAUCAAUGGCUACGAAAUUGAGACUACUAGUGGUUUGUUGGACGCCCUGGUGCAAGAGUCACAGACUAAGUACUCACGCAAGACAGAAAGUUCAUCCGCGGGAUUGGGGGAGGGUGAUAAGCCAGUGGUAGUCAUUGAUGAUGAGAAUGAGGAUGAUGACAGGGAAGCUCCCAAUAAGCGUUUUAAAUUGGCAUCAACUGGUGAUGCUGUUCAGGUUUCCUCUGGCAAUGAUAAUGGCCUGUUGCAGCAAUGGAAUAACAUGAGCGCUUCACAAUCACAAUCAACAAUUGGUGGGAUGGAAAGGAGUGAGGAAAUGAUGGAGGAGAUGAACUCCAUGGCUGAAGAUUUGAUGAGCUUGCUCAGUGACAUCCCCACGCCAAUGCCACUACCUGAGUGGUAUCGCACAAGCAGCCAAGAACACAACCAUAUGGAAGGACAUGUGGAGGAGGACAUGACAUGCAACAAAGGACUAUGA